GUCCCAGCCGACUGGCCUCCAAUUCAUCAAGAAAUUGGUCCCAUUUUACCUGAUACAUUUCCAAAUUUAUCUUCAGAUCUCGAUCAAUUUCUUUCUACACAUUCUAGAACUAUGUAUAUUGCUCUUGGGACUAUUGUAUACACUACACCCAAAAAUUAUGCCAUUAUGUUACAGUCUGCUCUUGAAUUAAUCAAUCAGAAUAUUCUUGAUGGUGUGAUUUGGACAACUGUACAAUUUAAUGAAUCAGAACUGCCUUCCUCAUUUACUCUCUCUACCGGUAGUAGUCAUGAAUCUAUGUAUACAGCUACACCAAUGUUAGUACUUCCAAUAGCGUUUGAUCAAGCCGGAAAUGCCGAAAAAUUGGAACUUACUGGUAUGGCUUUAAAACUCUCAAAACUCGAUCUAAAAGUUGAUGAUAUAGUAUCGAAAGUUAUAAGAUUAAUGAACGAAAGUAGUUUUAAAAUGAAUGCAGAGAGAAUGCAAGUGUUGGCAAAAUUUAAUAGUAAAAGAAAGUAUAGAGCUGCCGAUUUAAUUGAUAUAGUUAUGAAUUUGGCAAAACGUGAAGGUGUUAGAAAUGAGUAUGGUGAACUGGAGGUAGAUAAUGAAGCCUUAUUAAGGCAUUGGAUCACUCCCUAUUCAAGAAUGGGAACUAUUAGGGGAAAGUAUUUGGAUGUAUUUGGUGCUGCUGUGAUUAUUAGUAUAGCGUUGAUUAGUAGUCUUGUAUAUGGUGUUUAUAAGACUAUUAGAUUCAUUUUCAAGAAAUGGUAUCUUAGAGGUGGGAGUCCACGAAAAAGUUCCUUGAAGGAGAAAAAUAAAUGA